AUGGCUGACAACGGUCCCCCUCCUUCGAACGCACAGCUUCCGCCUCCCCCGCAGACGACUGCUGGUGCACCAGGCUACGAUCACUCCAAUGGCCAGGGCAACCAUAUGCCACCACCACCUCUGCCACCAGUCAUUAUUCCUCAGAACACAAACCCAAUUCCGACCGCCAUCACUUCUCCCAUGGGCGAGAAUGGCGGAGUAAUGUCACCAGACAGCGCGGGCGGCUUCGUUCGUCGUGCUGCCCCCGAGCCAAACAAGCGUGCUCUGUACGUGGGAGGACUUGACCCUAGAGUCACGGAAGAUGUCUUGCGACAAAUAUUCGAGACCACUGGUCAUGUCCAACAUGUCAAAAUCAUCCCGGACAAGAAUGUUGGCGCUGAACAACAGGCUAAAGGAUUCAACUACGGUUUCGUUGAGUACGAUGACCCCGGAGCUGCUGAGCGUGCUAUGCAGACCCUGAACGGAAGACGAGUUCAUCAAGCCGAAAUUCGCGUCAACUGGGCUUACCAAUCCAACACCUCUAACAAGGAGGAUACCUCUAACCACUUCCACAUAUUUGUGGGUGAUCUUUCUAAUGAGGUCAAUGAUGAAGUCCUUCUCCAGGCAUUUUCUGCCUUCGGCUCCGUGUCGGAAGCUCGUGUUAUGUGGGACAUGAAGACUGGUCGCUCCAGAGGUUAUGGUUUCGUCGCCUUCCGCGAACGCCAAGAUGCCGAGAAGGCUUUGAGCUCUAUGGAUGGCGAGUGGCUAGGUUCUCGUGCUAUUCGUUGCAACUGGGCAAACCAGAAGGGCCAACCAUCCAUCUCUCAACAGCAACAAAUGUCAGCGAUGGGCAUGACCCCAACCACUCCUUUCGGCCAUCACCACUUUCCUACCCACGGUGUCCAGAGCUUCGACAUGAUUGUACAACAGACUCCGGCAUGGCAGACGACUUGUUACGUCGGCAACCUUACUCCUUAUACCACCCAAAAUGAUCUCAUUCCACUUUUCCAGAAUUUCGGUUUCGUUGUCGAGACCCGCUUCCAAGCUGAUCGUGGUUUUGCGUUUGUGAAGAUGGAUACCCAUGAAAAUGCUGCCAUGGCCAUCUGCCAACUUAGUGGCUACAAUGUAAAUGGUCGCCCACUGAAGUGCAGUUGGGGCAAAGACAAGGCACCUACUCAAGAUGGGUUCCCUCAAGGUACACCAACCGGCUACAGUCCUCAAGGUGGACAGACCCCAGGUGGCUAUGGAUCUGGAGCUCAGUCCGCCUAUUUCCCUCAAUACGGAGGAAUGCCUCAACCAGCUGGACCUCAAUCCGCUGGACCAAUGUCGACUCAACAAGGCCAGUUCCCUCCUCAACAGGGUGGUUAUGGAGGACCACCUGUUCCAUCGCCUGCUCAGUACAGCCAGCCUCAAAUGGGUUACGGAGGUUCUGCAAGUGCUGGUGGUUACGGUCGAGGCCAACAACAACCUCCGACCGCUCAAUGGAACGCGGCUCCACAACAAAGCUUUGGCAAUGGCUUUGGUGGAUAUCAAGGUUAA